AUGUCAAACAUUGACCGCUUUUCUAUCGUCACACUGAUCCUAUUCUUCCUCUCGACGCUGUUUGUGAUCCAUCCAGUAUCAUUCCAUGUUCGACUACCUGUUAUUGGGAAGAUUCGUCUUACCAUCGGUCUCAUGUCAGCGCCGAUUAUUGCUAUAGCUAUCUUAUGGGCAGCUCAAUGCCUUGGACCCACACAAAUUCGGAACGGCAUCGUCGGAACGGAUGACAUCAAGCCGUAUAAUAUUCUAAUUCUAUUCAUUUCUUUGGCAUACAUGGCUAUUACUCUGGACGUUACGGGCAUUCUCCAGGCAGCCGCCUUCUGGGUCAGCAAUAAAGGCGGCGACAACGGUCGAAAGCUCUACUUCUACUUUUACAUCCUUCUGACAGGCAUCAGCAUGGUGGUUGGAAACGACCCCAUCAUUCUGUCAGGAACUGCGUUCUUGGUUUACUACACCGCAGCUACAGGCCUUGAACCUAUCGCAUGGCUAAUAUCCGAAUUUGCUGCAGCCAACACCGCGAGCAUGGUGCUGUUUGUUGGAAACCCUACCAAUGUCGUCAUUUGCGAAGGCUUCCGGAUCAACAACGCGGCUUUCACAGCCUACACAAUUCUCCCCUUCCUGGCGUGCAGCGUUGCCUGCUAUGCUGCACUCGCCUUCCAAUACAGAGACUCUAAACAUGUUCCACGGAGAUUAAGUUUCACCGCCAAACUCGAUGUUCGCCAGGUACUCAAAGAUCCAGUCAGCGCUUGCUUUGGUAGCGCCUUGCUCAUAACAUGUCUCAUCGUUGUGAUCGUGCUCAGUUUCCUCCAUGUUGAUGUGUGGAAAGUUACACUGCCCUUUGCAGGAGCCAAGUUCAUCUUCGACUUGUCAUGGGAUCAUUACCGUUAUACCACUGGACGCAUUCCAAGAUAUGGCGAGAAGGGAGAGUCGGAGGACGCUUCUGGUGAUGACCCCAUGGUCAGCGAGCUGAAGAGAGCGAUGUCCAUGCCUCACGAUUUGGAGCGUCCUGCCACUUUUACAUCUAUGACUGCUACUGCAACGGAGGUUGCAGCAGUCGCACAGAAAAUUGAACCAGCUCCAACAAAAGAGAGAGCGCCAACCGCUGGAAGCUCGGAUACCGCUGUUCCAAAAGAGGAUGAUGGACCCCGUCUAUUUGACAAGCAGAGAACGAAGCUCGACAUUGUCCACGCAAAAUUGGCAGCACACUUCCCAACAUUCUUCACUGCACUGCCGAGACUGCCUUUUGGCCUGAUACCCUUCGCCUUCUCGCAGUUUAUUCUGAUUGAAGGGCUUUCGCAUCAAGGAUGGAUAGAGGUUUUUGGAAUCUGGCUCGUGAGAGCUUCUGGCCGUCAGAUGAUACCCACAGUAUGGCUGAUAGGUGUUCUCGGUGUCAUUCUGUGCAAUGUCGCUGGAACAAACAUCGGUGCUACGAUUUUACUGACAAAGGUUGUUCACGCGGCGCCUGAUUUCCCGGUGAGCAGCCAAAAAGCAGCAGCCAUUGCGCUCGCUGUUUCGAGUAAUAUCGGUGCUGUGAGUUUCACAUUCUCUGCCAGUCUCGCAGGGUUGCUGUGGAAGACUAUUUUGGGACAAAAAGGCAUCACCAUUAAGCAGACAACGUUUGCGUUUUGGAAUAUGUUGCCGCUGUUGGCAAUGACUGGGGUUGGAUUGGCAAUUGUCACUGCUGAAAUGGUAGUGCUAUAUUAG